UGGAGGGGGACGUGGGGCCUACGAGAAUAUACAAGUUCUACAAGAACUGGAUGCCGUUGAUAUCCCUCUUGGUGAUUCCCGUGUUGCUUAUUAUAUCGCUAGUCUUUCUGGGGCGCUUCAUUGUGAGGAGGAGGAGAAAGUUUGCAGAGGAGCUCGAAGAUUGGGAAAAAGAAUUUGGGAAAAACCGAUUAAGGUUCAAGGACUUGUACUAUGCCACCAAAGGGUUCAAGGAGAAGGACCUUCUUGGAUCGGGCGGGUUUGGGAAGGUUUACAAAGGUUUCAUGCGGACAACAAAAAGGGCGAUCGCUGUAAAAAGAGUCUCAAACAAAUCUAAACAAGGUUUGAAAGAGUUUGUGGCUGAGAUCGUUAGUAUUGGACAGAUGAGUCACCGUAACUUAGUUCCUCUCUUGGGUUAUUGCCGCCGGAGAGACGAGCUUCUUCUGGUGUACGAUUACAUGCCCAAUGGAAGCUUAGACAAGUAUUUGUACAAUAGUCCGGAUGUAACCCUCGACUGGAAACAGAGGUUUAAAGUCAUUAAAGGUGUGGCCUCUGCCUUAUUCUUCCUUCACGAGGAGUGGGAACAAGUGGUGAUUCACCGUGACGUCAAAGCCAGCAAUGUUUUAUUAGACUCUGAGCACAAUGGGAGACUGGGGGAUUUUGGUUUAGCUCGGCUGUGCGGUCACGGGUCAGAUCCUCAAACCACCCAUGUCGCUGGAACAUGGGGAUACCUAGCCCCUGAUUACAUCAGGACAGGACGAGCCACAACAGCUACCGAUGUUUUUGCCUUCGGGGUGCUCCUACUAGAAGUAGCAUGCGGUAGACGUCCUAUCGACCAGAACGAGAAUGGUGAGAGGCUCNGAUACUCCAAAGGUUUAUGGGGAAGAGAUUUAGUAAAAAUGUCUGCAAGUUGA